AUGGCUUCACAAGACGCCGGCCUCCAACCUCUUGAUCCGAAACUUUUCAGCGAGGACGACGACGAUGACGAAGAAGACCUCUUCUGGAAACGAAAACUCAAGGCCUUGAUCAAUGGUGACAUGACACCAUCCCAAGCUGCUACAGACUUUGACUUGUGCAUCGUCGAGGAGGCCAACACACGCCAUGCAGAGCUCCUCAAACGGCCUGAUCCCAGAAGCCUCGCGGCCGAAGAGGAAAAGAACGGAGCACCCAUUACCGUGCGAUCGCACCGAAUCCCAGCGGCAAUAUCGAGCUUGUCUUCCCGUGGAUUGCCAAGCUAUUCUCUGCUUUCCCACCGCAUCACGAGAACAAGAUAA